UUAACUACAGAUAGCACAACCAAAUUACCUUGCCAUCAACAAGUCACCAGUAAAACAGCCGGGCUCAAACACUGCCGUUGCUUCCCCCCAAACAAAAUUCGCACUAUUCUCCCAUAAUGGCCCAAGCUUCACAAAAUAAACUAUGGAAUUUAUACUAUCAUCACUUUCCCUUCUAUAUGUUGACAGGGCCCGAGGGUGCCUUCUUGCAUCUUUUCAUCAUCUCGUUUCUUUCAUUUGUGGUAUAUGGUUUGUAUAGCGUUAUCCCAACGUAUGUCCCCUUCUUGAUCUCAAGAAGUUACUACUAUUUGACGGGUGGAGACUAUUAGGUAUUUUGUAUAGGUCGGUUAAUAUUAUGGUUUGUUCACAGUCCUUGUAUGAUUGCUUCCGUAAAGCUUCGUCACAUCAACCGUCGGAAACAAAGAU